ACAGAAAAACCCUAAUUUAGGAGGAUGGUGAUGAUGGAAGGCUGGUCUCCAACCACCGUAUCUCCUUUGCUUCUUCGCAACCUUGUAGCCUCCGUCUUUAUCUUCGCAGACAAAUCCUUCCUAAACUUGUCUCAGAAAUCCAAACUCCUCCAACUCCUUCGCUACGUUUUCGUCACUUCCUUCAUCUUCCUCCUCCGUUUGCUUCCUCCUCUAAACCCUAACAAUACCCAACCCUAUCACUAUAAGCCUCCCACUUUCAACAAGUCUAGUAACCACAGCACUACUCAUGAUCAUUACGAUUACACUCCCGCCUCAAGCGGCGGUGCUGCUACUAUUACUUGCGGCGGCGACUCUGCUAUCGGCCGAGCGCUUUCGCAGCUGUUGUCCCUCGUCAACGACAUCCCCGUAACCUCCCGCAAGUACCAAGUGGUUCGAUCUUUAGCAGAGAGCCUCAUCGACGACAACCAAAAAGAGGGCGUUGAGGCUUUACGUCAAGUCAACCGUACUGUUCUCUCCGCGGCUUUUUCCACUACUCUUAGCCAGCUUGAAGCCGCCGCCGCCCUCGAACAAGGAGAUGUGCGGGGAGGUGAUGGCGUUGAUUUGUUGGGGCCCGCUCGACCGGCAGAAUACCGGUUGAGGCGGGUUCUACGGGCGGUUCGAUCGAUUGGGGACGUGACGUGGAUAAGAGGGACGAGGGCGAGCGGGACGAGGAGCUCGGCGGAGAAACUGGCGGCUGAGGUGCUUUGGUUGGCUGAGAAGCUGGCAGCUUGUGAUUCGGCUGAUGAAGCUGUGCGGAGAUGGGCUGCGGCCGUUAAUUUAGCUUGGCUCUCUCUUUCGGUUGAGCCGCACUUACAAGCAUUCUUGGUCAAGGUUUCGGCAUUGUUGUUCAAGCAUGCCAAACACUUGGGAAUGGAUGAAACUGACGAUGAAAGUAAGAAAGAGCAACACAAGCAAACAAAGAUGCAGAUGUUAAUGUCGUGGCUGCCAUUGCUAUGCAGAGCCAGCAACGGAACCGAUGUCCCAGUAUUGAGCAUCAAAGAAAGGGCUGAGCUGGAGAGAGUAUUGGAAGAGACGAUAGAGAUGCUGGAAGAGGAAGAGGAUCAAGAGAAAGUGCUGUCGUUGUGGCUUCACCACUUCACACAUUGCUCGUCCUCUGAUUGGCCCAACCUCCAUGCCUCCUAUGCUCGCUGGUGUAACGCUUCUCGGAAGCUUUUGCUGCACCACCAUGAACGAUGUAUAAUUAACGACGUCAGAAUAUUAUGUAUGGGGUAGGUCAGGUACUAGGUAGUGAAUCAUAUAAAAGCUUCUGGUCUUCUCCUUCCACAUUAUAUCAUACGAAAUUGAAUUGUAUUUUUA